CUUUGUCCCCAGCCUUCUAAACUUAAACAGAGAGAGUGUGGACUGUUUAAUUAUCUUGUUACAAUGAUAACGAAGAGGACACCAGCUGUUUGCAAAAAAUCAACUCCUCUUCUCUCUCCCUCUCUCUUUCUCUCUAUCUGCUCGACUUGCUGAACCAUAGAAACGCUUCAACCUUCUCAUAAUCUGUCUAAAUGGCAGAGAGACUAGCUCUACCUCUACUCCUUCCAAAUCCUCCACCUUCAAAACCCCCAUUUUUAAACCAAACCCACAACCAACGACAAAAUCCAACUUUACUACCCAAUUCACCACCUCCCUCAACUCCAAUCCUUCAAGACCUCCUCCUCCGCCAUAGCGUCAAGCCCCAACAACCCAUCGACCCACAAGCCCGAACCCGGACCCGGACCCGUAUCGGCCGCUCACGUGACCUCAACCGUGGGAAGCCCUGGACUCAUAACCGUCUGUCUCCUCAGGGUCAGCAGGUUCUCAAUUCCUUAAUUGACUCUUCUUUUGAUUCCAAUCAACUUGACAGUGUUUUGGCUAAGUUAUUUGAGCAAUACCAAGAAAACCCAGAUGCAAAAACAGAUUUUUUGACUGCUGAAGUGCUGGGAAUUGUUAAAGGUUUAGGUUUUUACAAGAAACAUGACUUGGCUUUGGGUGUUUUCAAUUGGGUUAAGGGUAGAAAAGACUGUGACUUGGUUUUGAAUAAUUCUGUUGUUGCUGUUAUUGUUAGUAUGUUAGGAAAAGCAGGGAGGGUAUCUGUUGCUGCCAACUUGUUAAAUAGCUUGCAUAAAGAAGGGUUUAAUCUUAAUGUUUAUGCUUAUACUUCUUUGAUAACUGCAUAUGCCAGUAGUGGGAGGUAUAGGGAAGCCAUGAUGGUUUUUAAGAAAAUAGAGGAAGAGGGUUGCAAACCUACUUUGAUAACUUAUAACGUAAUUUUGAAUGUGUAUGGUAAAAUGGGUAUGCCUUGGAGUAAAAUCAUGGCUCUUGUUGAUGGGAUGAAGAGCGAUGGAGUUGGCCUGGAUGCUUAUACUUAUAAUACGCUUAUAAGUUGUUGCCGUAGAGGGUCUUUGCAUGAGGAAGCGGCUUUGGUUUUUGAUGAAAUGAAAUUGGCUGGUUUUAGUCCGGAUAAUGUCACUUAUAAUGCGUUGUUGGAUGUGUACGGGAAGUCUCGGCGACCUGAGGAAGCCGUGGAGGUUUUAAAAGAUAUGGAACUUAAUGGUUUUACACCUAGCACUGUGACUUAUAAUUCGUUGAUUUCUGCUUAUGCUAGGGAUGGUCUACUGGAGGAGGCAAUGGACUUGAAAAGACAGAUGGAGGGAAAAGGGAUUAAGCCUGAUGUUUUUACCUAUACCACUCUUUUGUCAGGAUUUGAGAAGGCCGGGAAAGAUGAGUUGGCGAUGGGGGUUUUCGAGGAGAUGAGAAGUGCAGGUUGCAGGCCAAAUAUUUGUACUUUCAAUGCUCUAAUUAAGAUGCACGGUAACCGAGGAAAGUUUACUGAGAUGAUGAACGUUUUUGAUGAGAUCAAGGCUUGCAAUGGUGCACCAGAUAUUGUUACUUGGAAUACACUAUUGGCAGUGUUUGGGCAAAAUGGGAUAGAUUUAGAAGUGUCAGGAGUAUUCAAGGAGAUGAAAAGAGCGGGUUUUGUACCUGAAAGGGACACUUUCAACACCCUAAUUAGUGCAUACAGUCGCUGUGGUUCUUUUGAUCAAGCCAUGUCUGUUUAUAAGAGAAUGCUGGAAGCUGGAGUUACCCCAGACCUUUCUACUUAUAAUGCUGUUUUGGCAGCAUUGGCACGGGGAGGGCUCUGGAAACAGUCUGAGAAAAUACUUGCUGAAAUGAAAGAUGGUCGGUGUAAACCCAAUGAGCUAACCUACUGUUCUUUGCUUCAUGUUUAUGCCAAUGGGAAGCAGGUAGAUCGGAUGCAUGCCCUUGCAGAAGAGAUAUAUUCUGGUAUCAUUGAACCUCAUGCUGUGCUCUUAAAGACACUUGUUUUGGUUAAUAGUAAAUGUGACCUUCUUGUGGAAACAGAGCGUGCUUUCUCAGAAUUGAGGAAGAAAGGAUUUUCACCUGACAUAACUACUCUAAAUGCCAUGGUCUCAAUAUAUGGAAGGAGGCAGAUGGUUUCCAAGACAAAUGAGAUCUUGACCUUCAUGAAUGAGAGUGGCUUUACUCCUAGCUUGACAACUUACAAUAGUUUGAUGUAUAUGUAUAGCCGCUCUGAAAAUUUUGAGGAAUCAGAAAAAGUUCUAAGGGAAGUUUUGGCAAAAGGUAUAAAACCUGAUAUAAUUUCAUAUAACACUGUUAUUUAUGCCUAUUGUAGAAAUGGUCGAAUGAAAGAGGCUUCCCGGAUCUUCUCAGAAAUGGGCAAUUCCGGCCUUAUGCCUGAUGUUAUCACUUACAAUACCUUUGUUGCAAGUUAUGCAGCUGAUACCAUGUUUGAGGAGGCUAUUGAUGUGGUUAGAUACAUGAUUAAGCAUGGGUGUAAACCAAACCAGAAUACAUACAACUCCAUAAUAGAUGGAUAUUGUAAACUCAAUCACCAGGAUGAGGCAAGUACAUUUGUUAACAACCUUCAGAAGCUAGAUCCGCAUAUUUCCAAGGAGGAGGAAAUUAGACUAUCAGAGCGUAUUGUGGAAAAAUGGUCAUAGAAGAUGGUCUUCCAUAAAAAAAGAAUCUAUCUGGACUGUGUUAUUACUGUUUGAGCACAGAGAGAGAAAGCAGAAAUGGUCAUGUUGUACACGAUUCUGUGUUUUUCCUUGGGGUUAAUAUGCAACUCUUAGCUUUUAGAAGGCUUAGAGUGUAUUUAGCUAGUCUUGUGGGGAGAACACUGUACAGCUGAUGAGUGAUGAGACAAGAAACAGGAAUGACGAAAGGGGGGAAUUGAAAAACUCCCAAGGUAUGCCGGUGAUUGUAAGUUUGUUUAUUCACAAUGUAAUUGAAGAAGCUUCGUGUUGUCAGUGAGAGUUGAUUCAAGCCAUCAUUAACCUAGCCCUUUGUCAUCUUUUAGAUUGGUUCAACUUUGUGAAUGAAAUGGCAUCAGGAUAUAUUCCAACCCAGGGAAGAAACGACAGAUACAGGAAUGGGGCAAUUUACAACAGCGAUUGGAAUUCUAUUCAAGUGGUUAGUUUACGGGCGUCUUUACUGUUGUUUCUCAUGGUCAUUGUUUUCAUAAGUGACGGCUGAACCUUCUUUCCUCCUUUCCUUUUCCUAAGUGUUAAGUGAAGUUUCUUUUUAAUUCUCAUUAGAUCCUAUCUGUAAAUACAUCUUUCAUUCUUAAUAUAAAUCAAUCCUACUUUCCCAA